ACUUAAAAUCCUAUCCGCGUUUUGAAAACGGAGAACCCCUUAGGAUUUUCAACCGGUACGAUGUAGAGAAUCGCCAACCUUGAUUGUAGAGCCGACCGAGGAGAGUGGGUCAGUGCUGUGGUGGCUCCUUUUGAAGAUGGUUUGAUCAUUGAUGCGGAGCCUUCUGGGUUGAAAAUGCGCACCACAUUGUCCAUAUCUCAACGUCUAAUCCCUAUUCUAGCGGCAAAAAGUCGACCGGGCGACAUCCAAAGUGUAAAUUGUCGGCCUUCAGAUCCCCUGCCAAAAAGGUCAACUCCAUUUCCUCCACUAUGAAGAAACAUAAUCAAUUAGAAGGCGUUGACGCUAAUUUCAAGCCCAAGAGGAGAACAGGAGACGGCCAUCUCAAGGCACCGAGGAGGAAAGACCACAAGAUCGGAGUUGUCGUUAGAGAAACGAAAAGCUAUCAUACCGCGAUACAAUCUCACAACGUUCAAAGGAAGAGAUCAUCACCAGAGAAAGAUGGCUUUGCGUCUUCAAGUUACUUCUUGUUCCCUCAUCCUCCUUGGUUUACUCAUUAUAAUGGUUGCACAACAAAGUACUGCUAGGACAUUAAAUGAUGGCUAUGACAAGUUUCUAAAUCCGAAAAUUAAUGAUGAAACAAACACUCGUAUUAAGGAAGUUGAUGAUGGCCACCAGAGGAUGAGAAAUAAUCAUGUGCAUGCUCAUGCAUCAUCUCACAUGGAACAGUUGGAUCCUUUAUUAUAUGUUUUCUUCACCUUAAGUGAUUUGAAAGAUGGGAAAAAAAUGCCAAUUUACUUUCCAUACUCAAGCCCAUCUGAAACCCCAAAACUACUGCCUAGAGAAGAAGCUGAUUCAAUUCCUUUCGCAUCAUCACAACUUGAAUACCUUCUAUCUCUAUUCUCUUUCCCAAAAGACUCUCCCCAAGCCAAAGCUGUUGAAUAUACUCUUACACAGUGUGAGCUUGAAUCCAUCAAAGGAGAGACCAAAUUCUGUGCCACUUCUUUAGAAUCAAUGCUGGAUUUUACCAGAAAAAUGUUGGGAGCCGAUACCCAAUUGAAAGUUUUGACCUCCACUCGUCUCUCCAACUCCACUAUCCUCCUUCAAAACUACACAAUUUUGGAAGAACCCAAAGAAACAGUGGCUGCAAAAAUGGUGGCAUGCCAUGGCAUGCCUUACCCUUAUGCUAUUUUUUACUGCCAUUGUCAAGAGAGCAAAAACAGAGUGUUUGAGAUUUUACUAGGGGCUGAGAAUGGAGAUAGAGUGAAAGCAAGUGCCAUUUGCCACAUGGAUACCUCUCAGUGGGACAAAGAUCAUGCCUCAUUUGAAGUUCUGAAAACUAAACCAGGAGCUUCUCAUGUUUGCCAUUUUGUCUCUACAGAUAGUUUAGUUUGGCUGGCUGCCUAAUCCUACAUUAUAUUAUUUACUUUAGUGGUUGAUUGAUUUACUAAUUUUGUAUUUGUGUUAUACUUCCUGGCUUGAUUUUAGGUGGUUUGUUAGUUUUUUAUAGUGUGUUAUUAGUUGAAGACUUCUCCUUAUAUUAUCUACAAGUGAAGUUUGGCUGAAGUAAAUUCUUAGCUCUCUGCGAA